AUGGCUUCUGUGGACCGAGGGGAUGUGGGCGAUAUUGACGCACUUCUGAGGGCUGCAGAGAUUUUAGAGAAAAAAUUGUAUUCAAAAGGUGGUUAUGGCACGGCUGACACACUUCGGAAUAUCAACGUGACUCAGUUUCUGGAGUGGUUAAGUACCGGUGACGAAGGUGAUGGUAAUGCCUCCCUGGAUCCUAAAAUUUCUCCAACUAUGCAUGUAGAGCUAGCGAAUCUCAUACAAAUGUCAGGAUGUCAGAAAAUCAGUGACUUACAGACAGUAUUCGGAUCAGCCCGCAAAUUAGUUCCUACCAAAUCAACUCCUCUGGGUUAUUCAGAUGGUGAUCCGGUGUUUACAUAUCAUCCUGAUACUUGGAAGCAAUGUACUGCAUCUCAUUUAAGAUCGAAUUCUGCUUCUUCGAAGUUGCCGCAAAGUCACUGUCGUGUCCUCACAGCUGCUACAGGUGUCACUCAAUUAUCAGAACCAUUUCCAGUUGGAGGAAUCGGAACAACAGAUGAGCCGGAUGGAUUGUCCAACACAAGUGAUGAUGUUUGUAUGGAUAGUUCAAGUCAAGACAGCUAUUCGGGGAAUACAGCUCCCGUUCGUACGAAUACUGAUGUUAUGCACAUUUUGAACGCAUCCCUUGGUUCUGAAUUUAAUGGCAAUGUGGAUCCUGGGAACAAUAAAUCUCAGUAUUCUAAUUGUCGUUUGAGAUCAGCUCUACUAACACCCUAUUCUCCUGGUUCUGAAAUACAUUCCAUUAACAGUGUUAGGCACUUGAAUCAUUUUUUGAAUAAGGAUCUCUCCACUUCUAACAUAUCGCUUCAACAGAGACCAGUUACCGAAAGUAUUCAACCCGAAAUAUUUUCUAAUAGUACUUCAUCACAACGACUGCUGGAAGUUCUUUCUAGGCCAUAUGAAAAUUAUGAUGAUGUAGAUCAACGUAACUCUAAGUUUCGAGCAUCUGAAAGCCCUCAAAGUACUCCAACUAUUCAUCAAACUUCCUGGAGUGCACCUCCGUCUGUCUCAUCCAGUAGUUGUGCUACUCCGGAUAAAGAAUGUUGCGAUACACCGAAUCAAAGUGAAAUUCCCCAACCAGUUCGUCCAACACGUUUCAGUUGUUCAAGUUUACCCGUAAAGAAACGCAAGUUGGAUUGGAAACAGUCAGAUAAUUGGUUCCCUGACUUACAGUCAUCUGAUAAGCAUUUAUGUAAAUUUAGGAAAACUCCCAACAUUAAUUCGUCAGAUCUUGUUAGUACUACUGGUUUUAUAACGACACUAAGUCAUGAUAAUCUCACAUACUGUUCAUCGAGUGGGAGUACCCAGAAAGGCGGAAAUCGAACUUGUUCUGUGCCUGUAAACAAUGAACAGCGUAUGAUUCAUUCAUCAAAACUUUUAGAUAAUUUGACACUUUCUAAACAUUUAAUUGAAGAGAAAAAAUCGUUAAUAAAAACACCUUAUCAAAAUCAUUUUUCUGUUCUUACCCGUACACUAACCGGUUCGGAUAAUAUUAAAAAUCACAUUAACAGUUCAAAACAGUAUUCCUCUGAGUUGACAACAGUGUCAAAUGGUUCGGAUUUUUCAAAUUAUCAAAAGAUAAUAUUUUUAUUAGUAAUGAUAACAAGAAGAGGAAAUAUGCCACUCUUUCCAGUGUUGAUUUAUGUACUUCAACGGUGGGUAGCAACUAUUAUCCCGGUGUUUUUAAUAAUAAUAAUAGUGAUGAAGACUCGUAUAUUUCGAAAAUCAAUCAUUCAACGACAUCUUCCACUAUUCAUUACAAUGCAAGGAAACCGAUAACAGCGGAUUUAUUAUUUCGUUCACCACAUAGUACACAUAAACAUCGUUCUCAUACCCAUAAUAACAAUGACAAUAGUAAUAAUCAAUUAGCACUCUCUAAU